AUGAUCACAAAUAGCAGAUCAACUAAUCAACAUGCUCAAUUAGUUCAAUUGGAAAAAUUACAAAAUGAAUAUGGUCAUUCAUUAGAAAACAUUCAUAUCGUUCAACAUUCUGAUCGAAGACGUAUGUUGGAAAUUGAAACGACAAGUCCAAUAAAAGAAAGCUUCUCAUCAGAUCCAUGGAAGGAAGUAUCAUUCAUUUGUAGUCCCGACAUGCCCAAGACAAGAUUAGGCAAACGGUUCAUCGAGAAACCUUUAGCAGAAACCUCUGUGGGUAAUUAUUGGGCAAUAGGUGCCUCAGAUGAAUAUUUACUUGCACAAGAAUAUGAAAAUAAACAAUUGACA